AAUCUCUCGCCCACGGACUCGAAAUUCUCUUCUCUUCUACUGCAGUGGUCAGCUUCAGCUUCAGUUCUUUUCAUCUGUUCAGCAAAGCCCGAAUAACGAUGAUUCUCGCGGUUUAUUUUGUAAUCUGAAGCGUGUUUUCUGGGGAAAAUGGUGCGGCCCUAUGGGAUGAAAGGGAAGAAGAGGAAGCAGAGACAAGAGAGGUAUGACAAGGAAGAAGAAGAUGGAGAAGAAGAGCAGCAAAGGGUUGAAGAAGAAGAAGAAGAAGAAAAGGUGAAGAAAGCGAAAAUGGAGAGUACCUCAGGAGCAGAGGAAGAUGAGGAAGAAAAGGAAAAAGACGAGGAAGGCGGCGGAGGGACAGCAGGGGAUGAACUCGAGGGCAUUCCUAUUGCCCCGAGCAAUCUCGGCACGAAAAAGUCCGGUAUCGUUUUCGUGCUCGAGAAAGCUUCUCUGGAAGUUGCGAAAGUCGGAAAGACUUACCAGCUACUGAACUCUGAUGAUCAUUCUAAUUUCUUGAGGAAAAACAACAGGAACCCGGCUGAUUACCGGCCCGACAUUGCUCAUCAGGCCCUUCUGAUGAUCCUCGACAGUCCAGUCAAUAAGGCUGGAAUGUUGAAAGCUGUGUAUGUUAGGACAGAAAAAGGCGUCCUUUUCGAAGUUAAGCCGCAUGUCCGUAUACCCAGAACGUUUAAGCGGUUUGCUGGCGUCAUGUUGCAAUUGUUACAGAAGUUAAAUAUAACCGCUGCUGGCAAGCGUGAGAAACUUUUACGGGUGAUCAAGAACCCGGUAACGCAAUAUCUACCUGUCAAUUCCCGGAAAAUAGGCUUCUCAUACAGUUCCGACAAGCUGGUAAAUAUGCAGAAGCACCUAGCUGGAGUUUGUAACAACAUGGACCUUGUUUUUGUGCUCGGUGCAAUGGCCCACGGCAAAAUAGAGUGCGAUUAUAUCGAAGAUUUCUUGGCUAUUUCUGGUUAUCCACUGAGCGCUGCGUACUGUGUCUCAAGAAUAUGCGAGGCUCUGUCCACAAAUUGGAACAUAUUAUGAGAACUGUCUCGGGACAUAGAAAGGAUCCGAAACAACCGUCUACGGGGACAACACGCGGUGCACCGUCCGAUAGCGCAAGGGCCGGAACACCAUCGCCCUCGGCGACCGCAGCCGACCUGUCGCGGCUCCAUCGUGGUGUCCGCCGGGUUCACCUUUUGUACUGUAACGUUAUAUCAGACGAGUUAUUGCACUUUCUGCAACGUUAAAUUAGCUUCGAUUAGAUA